AUGCCGUCAUCACUUCGUAUACGCGAUAGAAGCCGCGCAGUGGCGAACAAAGUCGCAAGCUGGGACGUCGUAACGAAAGCCGUGGACCGCGCUUUCCUGGAACUUGCGGAGCUAGACGGCAAGAAGGACGAGGAGGGGCGGCCGGUGAUUAACGUUCCGGAGCUAUACACCGGCGUGCUCCUCGUGUACAACUAUGUGAACCGCUACUCCCCGGGGAGUUAUCUGAGCCCUCCAAAGAAGAAGGAUGUUCUCAAGCUGGUCAAGGAGGUUGGUAACCACGUGGAUAUCGUGCGAGGCGCCGGCGGAGGCACGUUGGAGAGCUGCUGCAGAGCGUGCGCGGGUGACAAGGCCUGCCACGCCUAUCACUUCUUCCCUAGCAAACGGCUAGCCGACAAUGCUAACGUUCGGGGCUUCAUUGACGGCGUGCAGUGCUACCUGCUGGAGAAGAAAGCUGGGUCUGGAGGGACAGCGGGGCUGAGACAUCCUUAUAGCGGGGAUGGAAGAGAGCAGGAUGCUGUGUCGGCAUUCUACCCGCUCAGCUGGGUGGGAGGCUCAUGCGACACGUCUCGCCUGGACAACACCGACCCGCGCAUCACAGGCUCGCACGGGACCCUCUUUGACUUCCCCGGGCAGCUCGGCAAAUCUUUCUGCUUGCUUGCCGACCAUCGGAUCCACAUCAAUGUUCUGCUGCAGAGCCACCAGGGACCAGAGUCCGCAGCGGCAGCGGCACUAGCAGCAGCAGGCAUGCCGAGGAGAGUGGCAGAGGGAAGCCUGCAUGUGUGGGUGAAGGAGGUGGGAGUGGUGUGGGUGUCAUCUGGCGGCAAGCAGCACUCGCUGCGCAUGGUGGCGCGCACAGGCAACCAGCAGGACAGGGGGGCCAACGGUUUCCUCGCCCUCAUGCAGGUGGACGGUGCUGACGUGGCACCGCCACGCUUCCAUGAUGACCUGGCAGUGGUGGGAGCGGAUGGAAGUGUGGAGAUAAGGAAGACGGCGGAGGAAGAGGAUGGGCCUUUCGAUGUGGACACGUAUGAAGUUGUGUUUGAAGGGCUGGGGAAGGUGCAUGUGAGCAUGAGGGUGGCUCACCCUUUGCUACAAACACCAGAGGAAGCUGAGGCCCAUUUCAACAUCCGGGUAGCUGAACUCCAGUCUGAAUGUCAUCUUGUACGUAGCGACUCUUAUCUUUCACGUGUAUUUAACGUCCACUCGACCCCCAGAGGAUCAAAUCUUCAAGGGCGGCUCGACUCCCUUCACAUCCUCGACCUGCCUGAGGACGACGACAGUGGGUCGGGCAGUUCAGGCGGGAGCGAUGGGUCGGGCAGCGGCAGACGGGGCGGGCAGGGGGACGAGGAGGCGGGGUAUGAGAUGGAAGAGGACGAGGAGCGGUCGGAGGAAGACGAGGAGGAGGAUGAAGCAGGCGACGACCCGGAUGACGAGGAUUUCGACCCCACCAGCUGCGCGCCGAAUGGGCAACUGCCGCGGCGGGGGAAGGAGGUGAGCGCGGAGGGGGAGGGAGAGUCGUCAGACGAUGAUGGGGAGGGGGACGAGGAGGAGGAGGCAGGGAGCGGGAGCGAGUCGUUUGACGAAGCUGGGGCGGGUGGCGGGGACGACGAGAGCUCGUCUGAUUUCUCUGGGUCGGUGAGCGAGUCAGGGAGUGAGAGUGAGGGGCGGGGGAAGCCGCGGGCCAGGCGUGGGGGGGCUGGCGCGGGCGGAGGAGGGGGCGGGGGCGGGGGGAAAGGGGGGAGAAAACGCGCGCGGGGCGGGGCGGGGAGCUCGGAGAGUGAGAGCAGCGGAGGGGAAGGGCGGAAGGGGCGGUCGGGGAAGGGGGGAGGGCGGGCGGGGGUGGCGGCGAGGGAGACACGCAUGUCACGGAGGGCUGUGCCGCGCAAGUCAUACUUUGAGGAUGAUGAGGACUCGGCGGAUGACCUGGCGCCACCUGCUAAGAAGAAACUCAAGGGCAUAGCAGCAGCGGGGGAGGAGGGCGAGGAGGAGGAUGAAGACAUGCUGCCGGCAGGGGAUGCAGCAGAGGCAGACGCAGAGGCGGAGGGGGACGUGGUGGAGCGGGUGCUGUGGCACCAGCCGCUGGGGAGGAGUGAGGAGAUGCGGGCAGCGGGGCAGCCCACGGGGCCGUGUGUGUUGGAGUAUGAUGUGAGCGAGGUCAUCGACUGGGAGCAGCAGGAGCUGUACGUCAAGUGGAAGGGACGCUCCUUCCUGCACUGCCAAUGGCUGCCCAUCUCCACCCUCUCCACGCUACCCGGGUUCAAGAAGGUGCAGAACUACAUGAAGCGGGCGGACGAUGAGAGGCGGUACCGUCUGAGUGUGUCAGCAGAGGAGGUGGAGGCGCUGAACGUGGGGCGCGAGAUGGAGCUGGACCUGCUCAAGCAGUACUCGCAGGUGGACAGGGUGGUGGCAGAGCGGCCAGCCAAGGCAGCAGGGGAGGCGGGGAGGGAGGGCGAUGAGGUCAGCAGCUACGAGUUCUUUGUCAAGUGGAAGGGGCUUUCCUACUCCGAGGCCACCUGGGAGACGGAGGCGGACAUAGAGGUUGCGCGGGAGGCGAUAGACGAGUUCAAGGAGAGGGAGGCGGGAGCGCUGGUGGUGGGCAAAAGCGUGGAGGCGCAACGGAAGAGCUGCCGAAGCAUGAGCAAGCUGGAGGUGCAGCCGGAGUGGCUCAAGGGCGGCACCUUGAGGGACUACCAGCUCAUGGGGCUCAACUUCCUCAUCCACAGUUGGAUGAGAGACACAAACGUUAUCCUGGCAGACGAGAUGGGGCUGGGCAAGACGGUGCAGUCCGUCUCCAUGCUCGGCUUUCUCUUUCACAUGCAGCAGAUACAGGGUCCGUUCCUGAUAGUGGUGCCGCUGUCAACCAUGAGCAACUGGGAGCGGGAGCUGCGCCGCUGGCUGCCCUCCCUCAACGUCGUGCUUUAUGUGGGCAACCGCGCCUCCAGAGAGGUGGUGCAGCAGUACGAGUUCUGGCAGGCUGCGGGCAGGAAGGGAGGGAGGCAGAGCAAGUUCCAUGCGCUACUAACAACCUACGAGGUGGUCUUGAAAGACAAGGCUGUGCUCUCGCCCAUCCGCUGGACGUACCUCAUGGUCGACGAGGCGCACCGCCUCAAGAACUCUGAAGCGGCGCUCUACACCACGCUCAUUAGCUUCCAUGCGCGCAACAAGCUGCUCAUCACCGGCACGCCCCUGCAGAACAGCGUCGAGGAGCUCUGGGCGCUGCUGCAUUUCCUGGACUCGGGCAAGUUUGGCGACAAGGAGGAGUUUUCAGCCAAGUACAAACACCUGCUGGAGAACCAGAGCGAGAAGGAGAUCACGUCAUUGCACCAGGAGCUGCGCCCGCACAUGCUGCGGCGGGUGAUCAAGGACGUGGAGAAGUCACUGCCGCCCAAGAUUGAACGCAUCCUGCGCGUCGAGAUGUCGCCCCUGCAGAAGCAGUACUACAAGUGGAUUCUUGAGCGCAACUUUCAGGAUCUGAACAAGAACGCGCGCAGCAACCAGGUGUCCUUGCUCAACAUCGUGGCAGAGCUCAAGAAGUACUACAAGUGGAUUCUUGAGCGCAACUUUCAGGAUCUGAACAAGAACGCGCGCAGCAACCAGGUGUCCUUGCUCAACAUCGUGGCAGAGCUCAAGAAGUGCUGCAACCACCCCUUCCUCUUUGAGAGCGCUGACUACGGCUACGGGGGCGGCGCGGCGGGAGGGGCGCUGGACGCACAGGGCAAGGCGCAGCGGAUCGUGCUGGGGAGUGGCAAGACGACUUUGCUGGAUAAGCUGCUCACUCGGCUGAAAGAAACGGGCCACCGCGUUCUCAUCUUCUCCCAGAUGGUACGCAUGUUGGACAUUCUAGCGGACUACCUCGCUCUGCGGGGCUUCCAGUUCCAGCGCCUGGACGGCAGCACGAGGGCGGACCUGAGGCAGCAGGCCAUGGAGCACUUCAAUGCGCCCGGCAGUGACGACUUCUGCUUCCUGCUCUCCACGCGCGCAGGCGGACUGGGUAUUAAUCUUGCCACGGCGGACACCGUCAUCAUCUUUGACUCUGACUGGAACCCACAGAACGACCUGCAGGCCAUGAGCCGAGCACACAGGAUAGGGCAGCAGGACGUGGUGAACAUCUACCGGUUUGUGACGAGCGGCAGUGUGGAGGAGGACAUAUUGGAGCGCGCCAAGCGCAAGAUGGUGCUGGACCACCUCGUCAUCCAGAAGCUCAACGCUGCUGGGCGCCUGGAGAAGACUCAAAGUAAAAAGAGCAGCUCCAUGUUCGAUAAGAACGAGCUGGCGGCCAUAUUGCGGUUCGGAGCAGAGGAGCUGUUCAAGGAGAAAGUGAGCGAGGAGGAGGGAGCGAGCCGGCUGGAGAAUCUGGAUAUUGACGAGAUUCUGGCGCGCGCUGAGAAAAUCGACAGCAGCACUGCUGGGGAGGGCGCUAAUGAACUGCUCUCCGCCUUCACUGUGGCGAAUUUCAGCAGCACGGAGAACGACGCUGCUUUUUGGAGCCGGCUGAUCCAGGCAGCGCCAGCAGAGGAGGAGAAGGCGCUGGGGCCGCGCUCCUCCCGCCGCAACGCCACCUACACGGGCGAUGGGCUGCAUGGGGAUGCUGAUGAUGAGGAGGAGGAUGGGAGAGAGGGGAGGGGUGGUAGGCGGGGAGGGAAGGACGGUGGCGGGAAGAGGAAGCGAGGGCGGAGGGAGCAGGGGGAUGGGGGUGCGGAGGAGGGCGGGUAUCCUGCUGCUGCGCCUGCUGUGGAAGGGGCACUGGUGCGGAUUACUCAGUGGACGGUGCAGGGGGGGGGGGAAGGGGGAGUGGGGGCGGGGGGUGCUGGGGGGGAAGGAGCAGCUGCAGGGGCGGGUGCAGCAGCAGGGGCUGGGGCAGGGGAGGCUGCUGCCGCAGCUGGUACUGCUGGUGCUGGUGGUGGUGCUAAGGUCCGGCGGCUAUCCAAGCGAGACGCCAACGCCUUCGUGAAGGCAGUGAGGCGGUACGGAGGCGCAGAGCGAGUCGCACAAAUGACAGCGGAGGCCGGUGGAGCAAUGGAAGCAGCGAGCGAAGCAGAGCGGCGGUCCCUCCACUCCCUACUCAUGCAGGCCUGCAAAGACACCGUCAGAGCUGCCGCCGCCGCAGAGGAAGACGACCCAAUGGGAGCAGCCGGAGCAGCAGCAGCGGCAGCAGCAGCAGGGGCGGCAGCAGCAGCAAAAAUCCCUCUACUGGAUUUCUUCGGUGUUGCAAUUAAAGCCCCGGAGCUCCUGCACCGGGUGAAAGAGCUCCAGUUUCUGGCGAAGCGGGUGGAGCGAGUAAGCGACCCUGUGAAGCAGUUCCGCCUGCGGUCGCAUGCGCGCGUGCCCUCAUGGGCUAAGACCACUUCUUGGACGCCUGUUGAUGAUGCAAGGCUGCUGCUAGGGGUGCACUUCCAUGGGUUUGGCAACUGGGAGCAGGUUCGGCUGGAUGAACGGCUGGGAUUGGAGAAUAAGAUCGCGCCGCCGGGAUCAACGGGUGGGAUUGGGGGAGGUGGAGAGGGGAAGCUGCCCAGAGGGAGCCAUUUGGAUGCACGGGCGUCUGCUCUGCUGCGCAAGGAGCUGGAGGCUGAUCCUCACCACGCCAAGGCUGCAGCAGCAGCCAAUGCUCUCAAGGUCAAGAUCAAGGUGCGAGGAGGAGGCAAGGGCGCGUUUGCUGCUGGCUCUGCUGCUGCUUCUGGCGCUGACGAAGCCGUUGCUCUGGGUGGGGGACGGAGAGGCGGGGGUGGGAGGGAGGAGAGAGGGCGGAGAGGGCGAGGGGGGGAGAGGGAGCGGGAGAGGAGGCAUGGUGGGGAGAGGGAGGGGCGAAGGCGGGGGAGGAGGGAGGAGGAGAAGGAGAAGCGGUCUCCGGAGAAGGAAAAGGAGGCCGAGGAGGCGAAGGAGGAGGGGGAGAUCUCCGAAGGGGAGGACGCCGCUGCAGCAGCAGCAACAGCAGCCGCCGCCGCCGCAGCAGCAGGGGCAGCAGGCGGAGGAGGGAGCAAGGUCGGGAAGGAGGAGGAGGGGGUCGCAGGAGGAGCAGGAGCCGCAGGAGGAGUGGGUGUGGGAGAGGGUGGGGAGGGGAGGCGCGGAGUGGCGUGGUGCAAGGGGAGGCUGGCCCCUCAGGACAGUGUGCUGCAGCGGUUGAAGCGGCUGCAGACAAGGCAGGAGCUGUCACCCAAGGAGGUGACGCAGAAGGUGAAGAAGUAUCUCCGACAGCUGGGCCAUGAGAUCGACAGCGUCAUGAAGCGCGAGGCUGCUGAUGCCGCCCUCCCGCGCCCCCACUUACAGAGGAUCUCUGAGGACUUGUGGGACUACGUGGCUCUGCACUCACACCUGUCUGGCACGCGAUUGGCCGACAUUUACCGCAAGCUGAGGGACGACCGUGGGAGCGAUGGAAAGGAAGACGCGAUGGAUGGUUCGGGAGGCCGGUCGUUUAAGGUUCGGGAAGUGGGGAGGUGGGAGAGGGAGAGGGAGAGAGGGCGGGAACGAGAGGGGGAAAUAGGGAGGGAAGGGGAGCGGGAUAGAGAGAAAGGGAGAGGGAGGGAGUGGAGAGAAGGAGGAGAAGGAGGAGGAGGGGGUGCGGCGUGGACGGCAGAGAGGCGGAGAUCAGAUGGACGAGAUCCAGACCGGCCUUCUGGUGGUGGUUGGGGGAGAGCGGAGGGGGGAGACGGCGGAUCUGGGAAGAGUGCAGAGAGGGGAGGGGAGAGGGGAGGGGAGAGGGGAGGGGAGAGGGGAGGGGAGAGGGGAGGGGAGAGGGGAGGGGAGAGGGGGGAGGAGAGGAGCGAGGCAUGGAAACGCAGGUGGAGAGAUGGGGAGGGGCCUACUUCCUCCUCUGCCCCUGUGUCCGGUGCAAGCAGCCCUCACAGAAUGGGCAAUGGGCAGGUGAGGGAGGGAGGAGGGGAGGGGGGAGAGGAUGCAGGCAACGGCAACGGGCGCAUGGAGAGCAGAGCUGAGGGCUCUGGGGCAGGAGGGGAGCGUGGGAGAAAUGCCAGAGAUUCCAGAGAUACGAGAGAGGGCAGAGAUUCCAGAGAUACGAGAGAUAUCCCUUCAGGUGCUCCCAGGGACGUAUCCAGAGAAUUUCCCAGAGACUCCCCCAGAGAUUUUCGAGAUGCCCGAGAUGCAUCAAGAGAGGCUCCUCGUGAUGCCCGCCCCCCUCGCCCUCCGCCUCCCCCCGCUCCGUCUGACGCCCGUGCGUCGAGAAUGGGGGCUGGUGCUGGCGUGGGCCGGGGCGAGGAUGGGGAGGUGGCGAAAGGGGCGGUGCAGGGUGCUGGUGCGGGUAAGUGGGGGGGUGGAGGAGGGGACAGGGAGAUGGAGGUGGGGGAGGCGGGGGAGGCAGGGGAGGCAGGGGAGUUGGAGGCGGUGGCAGAGGAGGGCAUGGUGCAGGAGUGA